GGUAACAAAGGUACUAACCAUGAGACAAUCAACAGGCGGUUUUCAACCAGCAUACCGUCUCAGCGAUGACAUUCUUCAGCUUCCUCCCGUUCUACACCUUGCCGGCUAUCGUCGUGCUCGGCAUCACGGUCUCCCUACACUCGAAGUGGGAGCAGAGGCGCCGCAACGAGCAAGAAGCCAUCCGUCGAGGAUGUGGCCCCGCGCCCAGGAUGCCCAGGAAGGGGUUCUUGGGAUUCGGCAAUCUCCUCAAAGGCCUCGCAGCAAGCCGCGACGACCGGCACCCCCAACAUGUGGUUGAAGCCUUUGACACCGAGCUGGGCAGAGAUGUGCACACUGUCGUCGUCCCCAUCGUCGACUACGAGCUCAUCGUGUCGCGUGAUCCCGCCAACAUCCAAGCCGUCUUCGCCACUCAAUCGGCCGACUGGGACGUCAGCGAGUUUCGCGCUGACAGCAUGAGGCUGUUGUUUGGCCACGGCAUCUUCACGUCCCGCGGCGAGUACUGGAAAACGUCGCGUGCCCUCAUCCGCCCGCAGUUCGCUACGGACCAGGUCAAUGACCUCGACCUCUUUGAGCGACAUGUUCAGCAUUUGCUUGCUGCCAUCCACAAGCAUCACCAUGCUGGCAAGAGUCAAACCGGAUGGACCAGGGCCUUUGACCUGCAACCCCUGUUCUACAAUUUGGCCCUCGACGUCAUGACCGAGAUGCUCUACGGCUACUCGGUGCACUCGCAAGAUCCCUCAGAACGGGUCGAGCUCCCGGUGCUUCCCGGCUUUGAGAGCCCGGACCGCGAAAACAUCGGAAUGCACAUGGACGCCGGCAAGGCUGGCGUCGAGACCCGGAGCGCUCUCUGGAAGUAUCGCUGGCUGCUGCCGUCCGGGAGGUUCCUGAAGCACUGCGCCGCCGUUCACAAAUACGCCGAGUGGUUCGUGGAGCUUCGCCUGCGCCGCGGAGACAGCUACCUGGAUGAUCUCCAGACCCACCAAGCCGGGAAAGCCACCAGCGAGCGCUUUGUCCUCCUUCACGAACUCGCCAAGGUGAAUCAGGAUCCCGUCGACCUGCGCAGCCAGACACUCAACGUGCUCAGCGCUGGCCGGGACACGACGGCCGCCCUCCUCAGCUGGGUGGUCUACUACUUGGCCCGCCACCGCUCCGUCUGGGACAAGCUGCGCGCCGAGGUCCUCGACCGUUUUGGGCCGUACAAACCAGACGAGCCGGUCGGCAUCGAGUUCAGAAUGGUCCGAGAUUCGAUGCCGUACAUGACCGCCGUGAUCAACGAGACGUUGCGCGUUGCUCCCGUGGUCCCGUUGAACGAGCGGGUGUCUCUUCGCGACACCACCUUGCCCCGCGGUGGUGGGCCAAAAAAAGACCAGCCCGUCUUUGUCCCCGCGGGGACGCAAAUUCUAAUUCCCACCUACGCCCUGGGAAUGCGGCCUGAUAUUUGGGGAGACGACUUCCAGGAAUUUAAACCGGAGCGGUGGAUCAACAAUCAUGUUGGGCGUAAGACCGGAUUUGAAUUUGUCCCCUUUGGCGGUGGUGUUCGGCAAUGCAUCGGCCAGCAACUUGCCCGCCUCAAAACGGCCUACAUCCUAAUCAGGCUGAUCCAGCGAUUCGACCGAGUUUACAAUGCCGAGGUGCCUGCGGAUGCGCGGACUAGGUUCCAUCACACUAUUGAGAACAGGAGCGGCAGUGGUGUCCAGAUCAAGCUGCGGUACGCCCAGUGGGAGCCUAAGCCCCGUGAGCCGGGGUCUCGUGCCGAGGAACACCUAACUUAGGAAUCCACAGAUUGUGUCUGUGAUCACCCAUCUGCUACACGCUGUCAUUCAUAUGCAUGGUGUUUGGAAUUAUCACAGGAUCGCUUUUCAGGGGCAUUGUUUCGAUCUGUGAAAAGAGGAAGGUGGCACACACAGUUCUUGCACGUCGGGCUCCCAUGGGAUAUCCAUGCAACCUUCAUCGCAUUGGAGUUAGCGAGUAGAUUCCUGCACUUUGAAU